AUGCUUGCAGCCGUAGAGAUUAAUUCUCACACCUCAGCAGCAGGUGAUUCGUCGCCUGUUGUUGUAAACAGUACACGUGGUGAGUCACCACGUGCGACAGAUGCAUCCGCUGCGUCUGCAGCGGUUACACCGAAUAGUAAUCUAGAUGAGUCCGGAAUAGAGUUCAUCAAAUCUGGCGAGUCGGAUGAUGCAUCCGACCUGAAGGCGACACCUCACACCUCCGGAUCACCCGGGGCGGGCACUGCAAGAGCCAGGUUGACUGGCUCUGGUCAACGUGGCGGCAUCAUGUCCGAGAUCUUCGGAUCGUGCGAUUGUUCCGAUGAAUCCUCGCCUCACGCGAGUAUAACUAGCGAUAGGACACGUGAGAAUGGUGGUAAUGCACCUAUACAUCACCACGAGCGAAGUAACUCGAGGGAUCGAGGUGUCACUGGUGUCAGUGCUCAUGCUGGCACCAAUAAAGUGGCCUCGGACCGAAUUGUCCUGCGCCACGCUCCUCAAGUGGAGUCUCCUUGGAUGCCGUCCUCCAAAGAGGUAGAUUGA